AUGGCCAUAAUGGGUACACAAAAAGAAAAGAAGAAAAAAUUCAAAGGUAAAAAGAAGGUAAAAAAUCUGUUGGAAAAGAAAGCGAAAGGACUGAAGCUGAAUCAGGUUGACAGAAGACGUCUCGGGAAGAUGGAGGAGAAGAUGAAGUUCAAAUCCCAACUUCGUGAUAACGUAAAAGCUGAGAUGAGAAAGCUGCAAGACAUGGAACAAAACGAUACGGAAGAAACUAUAUCAAUCAAUCCAGCACCUAGCCAGCCCAAAGAAACAGCGGCCAACAAGAGGGUGUCAUUCAGUGGAAACAUGGAACGAGUGAAGGUUUUCGAUAAGAAUGUUAAAGAUUUGGUCAUUAAACCAUCAUCUGCUUCACCUGGGAAGGGUAUCUUACGAGCAAAAAAUUUAAAAGUUCAACAUAAGAAAAAGUUGCAGAAGGGGACUGAAGGAACCCCACCCAAGAAAGCAAAAACUGAUGAAAAAAUGGAAGUAGAAAAUAUAGAGGAGGACAGCCAGGAGAAUCCCACUGUAGCUAAGAAGAAGAUCAAGAUCCAGGUGACAAGAAAAGUUAAAGAGCAGUUGAUGAACAUGGAUAGAAAACAGAGGAAAGCGUUCCUCAAGCAGCUCAAGGCUCAAAAGAACCCGCAUUCGGAUCGUGCCAUAGAAUGCAAGUUAUUGUGGGAGAAAAUCAGGAGCAAGAAAACCACGAGUCAAGAAAGAGAUGAAUGUGUUUCUAAACUCUUCGGCUUAGUGAAGGGCUACGCUGCUAAGCUUAUUUAUCCACACGAUACUUGUCGAGUGUUUGAAUGUUUGUUGGCUCUCAAGAGACCCGGGAUCACAUCGGCAAUUUUUGACGAGCUUACACCGGAAAUUGUACGAAUGACUAAGAGCAAAUAUGCUCACUUCUUCGUAUUGCGCAUGCUUAAAUACGGGACCAAAGACCAACGAAAUACUAUUAUUAGAGCCUUUCGAGGACACGCAGUUUCUCUCAUGCGAAUAGUCUUCGCCGCAGAGGUCCUUGAAUGCGCUUACAAUGACUAUGCAAAUGCCCAACAAAGGUUCGAUAUUGUGUCGGAAUUUUACGGGAAAGAGUUCGUAAUUUUCCAGUCUGAUAAGCCUCGAACGCUUGAUGAGAUUGUAGCUGAGGAACCAUCUAAGAAGAAACUCAUUAUUCAGCAUCUUGAGGAGCAAAUUUUUACAUUGGUUGAUAAGACAACAGUACGACUUUCUCUAUGCCAUCGACUACUGAAGGACUUUAUUUGCCAUUGUGAUUCAGACCAACGCACGAAUUUGAUAGACUCCCUUAAGGAUAGGAUUCCAGAGCUUGUUCACACUCCAGAUGGUGCUUAUGUUGCCAUGAAAUGUAUUUGGAAUGCUAAUACCAAGGAUAGAAAGCUUAUUGUCAAGAACUUCAAAGAUCUUGCUGUCAAAGUGGCAAUGGAACACUACGGACAUCGAGUUCUUAUGGCCGUUUUUGACAGUGUUGAUGAUACUGUUCUCGUAAAUAAGUAUAUAACAACUGAACUUAGCAAUGAGAUGAAUAAAUUGAUAUUGGACAGCUGGGGAGAGAAGGUGAUCCAUUACAUCGUCCAUCCACGUGACGGGCGUGGAAUGCCUAAGGAAGAAAUUGAUCAGCUUAAAGAAGGGGACUCAAACCAGUUCAGUAAGAAGGAAAAGAAGGAUCGUUAUUCCGAAAUUUACCGACACAUCUGUGAAGGACUUUAUACCUAUCUUGCUGCGAACAUGGAGUCGCUCAUUUUUGAUCACAACAGGUCCAAAUUCAUCGCUGCGUCCUUAGAAACAACUAGUGCUUACGAUCUAUUCGACCGACAAGUUCCACCUGAAAUGCGGAAACAGUGCAACGAAGCCAUUGCCAAGAUAGCCAAGCAGGAAUUUAUUCCAAUGGAUAGCCAGCGUCUUCACCUAAUUGAACACCCAGCUGGAAACUUCUUGUUGAUGGCUGUGCUUCGGUGUGAUCAGUCUCUGCCUGAAGAACAACAGCUGUCGGUACAAAUUGUCAACUCACUUACGAAGGAGGAGCUAGGUUCAUGGAUAUGUUGUAAUAAGGGAUGUCAUGUAUUGUUGAAGAUGCUUCAAUGUGGAUCAAAUAUUGUUAGGGAAAAAAUAAAGGAUGCCGUGAACAUGAAACAACUAAAAGAGUACACUUUCCGAGGCGCCACACUACUUGUCCAAGAACUCGCCAAGAAAUAG